CAUGGAAGUCCCCAUUGAGGAUAUGCCGCGGUCUAUUGAUGAGUAUCUAUCUACACAAGAGAUUCAUGCCAGAAAGGAAGAGAAUGAGGCCCUGAAAAAGAAGGAGGUGGUAUUCGAUCUGAUCAGUGAUAAUGAGGAGGAAGGGGAUCAUACUAAUACAGCAUCAUGAGUCGAAUCAGGUAGCCAAUGAGAGUGUUCUUUGUAAGAGACCAAGAAUCGAAC